UUCCAAUCGAGACUGAGUUGUUAUCGGUCUGUUCGCGUUAAUCACCGGGUAAUUGACCCCUUUUUAAAGAGUACACUUAUUCAAUGUUUUAGGGUGGUUUUAUUGAACCUUAUCUCUGUGGUCCUUUGGAGGAAAAGCCUAUUUCUGAGGAAAGUAAAAGUUCAAAAUAAAGGAGAAUAUCAAAGGUAUACGGACUUUUUUCUAACUCUAAAGGUAUAGAUAUCCAAGAUGGCGUUAUCUUGUGGAGGAAAAUGUAUGAAGUUAUUUCUGAUUGUUGUCAACACGAUCUUUAUGUUGCUCGGUCUCGGUAUCCUUAUACCAGGGAUUUUGAUGUUGGUUGAUGUUGACGUCAUCAAUGAUAACAUACUCCCCCUGCUGAAGCAGCUGUCAUUCGGUGCACUAAAUGUGGGCGACCUUGCCAAGGGACUGUCCUUGACACUGAUAAUCUUUGGUACAUUCGUCCUCAUUGUGUCAAUGCUUGGCUGUUGUGGUGCCAUGUGUCAACAGAGACUGUGCCUCGUCGUUUAUGCUGCACUAGUGUUGGUGUUCUUCCUGGCUAAACUGGUGGUCGUCAUCUUGUGGUUCGUUAUGAACGACAAGAUCCAAAGUUGGAUGAAAACGGAACUGCUUAGCCAGCUCGAGACGAACUAUAAACAUAACGAUCUGACGUCAGAGGAAAUUUCUACGGCCUGGAACUAUAUGUUUAUGACUCUGUCCUGCUGUGGAGUCAAUGCAGUCACAGGAACGACAAAUGACUUUGAUAACUCGGUGUGGAUCGCUAGUGCCGGAAGUAAAGAAAUCCCAACAUUCUGUUGUUCAGGGGUCACAGCCUCAAAUUACGCCAGCUACUCCAACACUGCGUGCACGGACUCUGUUACAUCAGGUUACUACACCAAGGGAUGUUAUGACGCCACAUAUAGUUUACUGGACACAUACAGCACGGUAUUCAUGGCAACCGGAAUCUGUAUCCUACUUGUGGAGAUUGUUGCAUUCAUUGGAUCCAUUGUCAUCAUAAAGCAAGGAGGGGAGGACGGAAAGAGUUUAUCUGGUGCCGCCAAAAUGGUGUAGCAGAAAAAUGUUGUUCUUAAUUCCGUCCAAAAUUUAUUUAUAUAUACAUUGUUGUUUUGAAUGGUGUUUCUUGUUUACUUAACAACUUCAGAAUGUUUCGUCCACCACUUGACAAAAUUUGAUCCUGGUGCUAAAAGUUUCACCAUUCAAUCCUUACUAUGUUUGUCUCUCUAGUUAGCUAUUACGUUUAAUAUUGUCUUAUAUUUAGCAUAGUACCAAAUGCCAUGUUGUUUAAACAACAUUUUAUCUUUUCACAAUUGCACCAAUAAGUGUAAUAUAAGGUUUUGUGUUAUUAGGGCCUACUUUCCUGAAAUUUAACAUUUUUGAAAACAUAAUAGAGUUGUAACUUUUCUGUUUUAUAUUUAGCUGAACAACAAAUAUCUGAGAUGACUUUGAAACAUCGGCCUACUUGCUAAAUGACGUAUGGUAACUGUUGUUGAUAGUGUAUAUAUAUUAUUAAUUGUUGAUAAAAAUAAAUGUAUAAAUCACA